CAGUCGGGCGGGGAUAAAUAAAAGAGAACGGAGGCAUGAAAUUUUUAAAACAAUUCUUAACUCUUUAUAUGUGUAUACUCUUCUUAUUUAUUUUUUAAUAUGUUUUAUAUAUAAUAUUUUUAUUUGUAUUUGUUGAAAAUUAUGUGCAUUAGAAGGGGAAACAAGACGGGGUAGAGGCGCUAGUAUAGUUACUCUAUAACUUCUACCUCUACAACGGUAAAACAAUAGGAAAAAAUAAUAAUAAAAAUAAAAAAAAUAAAAAAACAAUCAGUACACUAUUUUACAAAGUGUGAGACCGUAUUUGAGAAUCAGUCAUACUAAAAUUCUCAAAGAAUUAAGAUCUUUUUUUUUUUUCGUUUUUUUUUUUCAAUUUUUAUUAGACUUUAUUUUUUAAUUUAAAAAAAAAAAUAUAAAUUUUUAAAAAUAAUAACUAAUUUUUUAUAAUAGCCUUUUCUUUAUUUUAUUUAAAAAAAUUUUUUAUAAAUUUUAUUUAUAAUGAUAUUUGAAUGAAACCGCGCAAAAAAUAUUAACCAAUUAUUUUAUUUUUAUUAAUUUCAUUUUAAAAAAAAAUAUAUAAAUAAAUGUGUUGGUUAAACUAUUUGUAAAAUAUAUCGAGUAGAAUAUUUUUUUGAAUUGGAUUGGACUCUUCAUGGAUUGGACAAAAAAAAAUCAACAAAAAGUGGGGAGCUAAUUGUAAUCACAAUUUGUCAAUGGUGACUGAGCUUGUGUAUGUGUGUGUAUGUGUAUCAACAAUUUGGUAAAAAAAAAAAAGCAAUAAAAAUGCAUUUGUUAUUAUUUUAUCAAUCAAUUUGAAUGUUUACUCCAAUUGUGUUAAAAUCCAAUGGUCAGUUGAAUAAAAUUUAUAUUUAUUUAUACAUAUUAAUAAUAAUUUUAUGUCAAAGUUUGUGAUGAUGAGAUGAUAUAAAAUAUAAAUAUCAGUGAUGUUUAUAGCUUGUCAUCGGUCGAUUGGAUAAUUAAAUCAAUUUAAAAUAUUCACGAUGAUCAAACGAAAACAUGUGUUAUUCUUGUAGCUAAGGAUAAAAAGCAAAAUAAUGAAAUGAAAAUAAUAGCUAAUAAAUAAAAAGAAAUAAUAAUUAAAAAAAAGGAAAUUAAUCAACAAACAAAUUGAUAAAUCAAGUACUAAAUUAAAUAUAAAUAAAAUAAAUAAUGCCACAUCAAUUUGGUUUGCCGGGAAUGGCUCACAGUAUGCAAUCACCAACAUCACCAACGACAGUAAUGUCAACAUAUCCAAGAUUUAAUACUGGUGUUUAUCGUAAUGAUAAUCAAGAUCAACGUUUAACACGUGAAGCAAUGGAACGUUAUUUACGUGAUAGAAGUGACAUGGUUAUUGUAAUUCUACAUGCAAAAGUUGCACAAAAAUCAUAUGGAAAUGAAAAACGUUUUUUUUGUCCACCACCAUGUAUUUAUUUAUUUGGUGAUGGCUGGAGAAUGAGACAAGAAAAAAUGUUACGUGAUGGUGAAACAGAGCAAUCAUCACAAUUAUGUGCAUUUAUUGGUAUAGGUAAUUCAGAUCAAGAUAUGCAACAAUUAGAUUUAAAUAAUGGUAAACAAUAUUGUGCUGCUAAAACAUUAUAUAUAUCUGAUUCCGAUAAACGUAAACAUUUUAUGUUAUCAGUUAAAAUGUUUUAUGGUAGUGGACAUGAUAUUGGUGUAUUUCAUAGUAAAAGAAUAAAAGUUAUAUCAAAACCAUCUAAAAAAAAACAAUCAUUAAAAAAUGCUGAUUUAUGUAUUGCAAGUGGUACUAAAGUUGCAUUAUUUAAUCGUCUUAGAUCACAAACAGUUAGUACACGUUAUUUACAUGUUGAAAAUGGUAAUUUUCAUGCAAGUUCAACUCAAUGGGGUGCAUUUACAAUACAUUUGCUUGAUGAUAAUGAAUCUGAAUCAGAAGAAUUUCAAGUACGUGAUGGUUAUGUACAUUAUGGUAGUACUGUUAAGUUAGUAUGUUCAGUAACUGGUAUGGCAUUACCACGUUUAAUAAUACGUAAAGUUGAUAAACAAAUGGCAAAUUUAGAAGCUGAUGAUCCAGUAUCACAAUUACAUAAAUGUGCAUUUUAUAUGAAAGAUACUGAUCAUAUGUAUUUAUGUUUAUCACAAGAAAGAAUAAUACAAUUUCAAGCAACACCAUGUCCAAAAGAACAAAAUAAAGAAAUGAUUAAUGAUGGUGCAUGUUGGACAAUAAUAAGUACUGAUAAAGCUGAAUAUCAAUUUUUUGAAGGUAUGGGUCCAGUACGUACACCAGUAACACCAGUACCACUUGUACAUUCAUUACAUUUGAAUGGUGGUGGUGAUGUUGCUAUGUUAGAAUUAAAAGGUGAUAAUUUUACACCAAAUUUACAAGUAUGGUUUGGUGAUGUUGAAGCUGAAACAAUGUAUAGAUGUCAAGAAAUUAUGUUAUGUGUUGUACCAGAUAUAUCACUAUUUCGUGGUGAAUGGUUAUGGGUUAGACAACCAACACAAGUACCAGUAUCACUUGUACGUAAUGAUGGUAUUAUUUAUGCAACUGGUUUAACAUUUACAUAUACACCUGAACCAGGACCAAGACCACAUUGUCCACCAGCUGAUGAAAUUAUGAGAGCAACAAGAGCUCCAAAUUUACCACAUAAUAAUCAAGCAAAUAUGCAACCAGCUAUUGCUGAUAUACCAUGGAAUCAUCAUCCACCAACUCAACCAGGUCUUUGAUAUCAUUUGUCUUAUUUUAUAUUAUCAUUUAAAUAUGUUUUUUUUCUCUCUAUCUCUCUUGAUAUUGAUUUAUUCAUUUAGAAAAAAAACAGCAACAAAUACCAGUGUAAUAAUUUUAUUAGUUAAUUAUGUAAUAUCGUACCAAUUUAAUUACCAAGAUAUCAGAAAAUAAUUAUUAUUGUGUUUUAUUUUAUUUUUUUUUAACUAUACAAAUUAUAUUCAUAUUAUUUCUUAUCGAUAUUUUUUAAUAUGAUACUCAAUUAUAAAAGAUAAUAAUUAUUCUGUAAAUAUAUAUUGAUAAUUUAAAAAAAAAAAAUUAAACAGUUUAUCAAUAUUUGUAAUUUCCAACAUAAUUUAAUGAUUCAAACGAAAAAAAAAAUACAAAACAAUUAUGUAAAUAUAAUAAAAAUAAUCAACAUAAUUAAAUUUGCAAUUUUUUUUUUUUAGUUAUUUUUAAAUGUAAAUAAUUUCAGCAUAAUAUUAUUAAUAAUUUUUGCACUGAAAUUAAAAAAAUAAAAAUAAAAGUGUCAACAGAGUUAUAUAUCAAAAAAAAUAAAUAAAUGAUAAUUGAAAUUAUAAAAUGAAAAUUUAUUAGCAUUCAAUUAUUAAUUAGUUGAUAAAAAAAUAUUAAAUAUGUGAAUUAAUAAAUUAAAAUAAGUAAAUGAAUUAUUUUAAGUAGCACAUUUCUGGAGGAUAUGAGAUAAAAUCGGAUAUAUUUAACUAAAAAUUCCUUCUCAAUGCAUUGUUGUUAUUGUUUUACUACAACAUUAUUUUUAUUUCAUGGUGGGAAUUUACCCACGAUUAAAAAACUUCAUUGUGGCUCUUCAUAAUUUACAGAGAAAAAAAAAAAAAUAGACACAUAUAUAAAAUAUAAAAACUCUUUUGGAAUAAUAUUUUUCUUAAAAAAAAAAACAAGAACGGAUACAAAAUUAUAAUUUUUUUUUUCUUUUAAUUAUAAACUAAUGGUAUAAUUUUUUUGUUUAGUAUAAUAAUUUUUAUAUACAGAUUUAAUUAUUUUUUUUUUGAUUCAAAAACUCUUUGAUUAAUUUCUUUUUUUUUUCUUAUUGUAUUUUAGAUUUGAUUAAAUUUAUGAUUUGGGUAUUCGUAUUGUUCGUUGUUUGUUCAUAUUUGUCAGCAUAAGUGAAAUAUAUGAUGUUAA